AUGGCUCGACUAGGCCGGAAGAGGAACUCCACACAAUCGUUAAUUCAACCUCACAAGAACAACGCAGCGGAUAAUGAUAAUAAUUUAAUAAUAAUCACAAUCACAAUUGCAACUGAAAGGAUGCCGCGGAAGAAGACUAAGUCUCAGACGCAGGCUGUCCCGCGACGGCGAGUGGCUGUCCAGGACGACGAUGGCUGGACUCAUAUCACCAACACCAGGCGGGUGGCCACUACAACCAGAACUACAGCUAGGACUACAGCUACAACGACAGCUACGACAGACCAGCUUAUACCAGCAGAGAUGCCAGACGGGCUGACGCUGAGCCAGCUGCGCGCGCAGUUCGACGCCCACCAGGAAAAAUGGCUGGCCUCGCAGACCUGGAAGGCCAUCGCAGCCUCUCCCAUCGCCAGCUCCGUCGGCAGCAGCAAGGACAACAGCAAGUUCAUCUGCAUCGCCCUUGGGAGUCCCAGCGGCUUUCUUCGCGGCGGGCUGGUCGACCGUCGAGCCGUCUCGCUCUUCCAGCUGGCGGCCUUCAUCUCUCUGAUCGACCUUCUCUCUCCUAAUACCCGUACGUACGUACCUUUUCUUCUUCCUCGCAUUCUCUCUCGCUUUCGCAUAGAAAAACAAAAACAAAAAGGCUAUAAUAAUUUUAAAAUAUCCCAUGUCUACCCGCUCUCAUAUAAUUAA